UUAUGAAAUAAGCAUCCUGCCAACAGGCACCUUCCAAAUAUAUUACGAGCCGUAUUUACGCCCGUCAACAUUAAUCAGAGCAUGCGCACCACUGAAGAAUAGAGCAAACUUGAAGAAAAGAAUCUUUCCUGUUGGAUUUCAUUCUGCCAUUUUGAAUGAAAAUUUGAGAAUUCUGUUAACAACGCUGCAAGAUGAGCUCUGCACAGUUCUUUCAAAUGGAAAUUGAGGUUCCCGAAGAAGCAAGGGCACUGAUCAUUGGGAAAGGAGGGCAAAAGAUCAAAACAUUUCGAUCAUCAGCUGGCAUUUCUUUAGCUAGGCUUCUGCCCUCUGGCAAAUUUCAAAUUCGUGGAGAUUCCAGAGAAGCUGUGCUUGGAAUCUUUACCUCCGUUAAACAUCUGAUAAGCCGUGCUGUUGCGAGCAAAUGCACGGGAUACUUCCCUCAAUUUUACCGCACUUGUUUUUGUAAAUCUGUUGACAAACCCCUGCUUGCCGUCGACAGAUUCUCCUUUGAAAAUUACACAGGUGAAAUUUCAUUCAUUCCUGAGAACGACAGACAGCAUUUGUGUUUCAAGAGUGGAGAAGAGAUGACAUCAGCUUCGUCUUCUGAUGAUGAUAAUCUGGCGGCUGCAUUUUCCAGCAAAAUGUCAAUUUACACAGAUUUUCUCCCGCAUUGGGGCUUUUCAGCUUAUAAAUCAGAUCUGCUAGCGUGCUUUGAGGAUCAGCACAUGAUGCGAAACGUCAAGAUGAUCGUCAGAUUCGGCAAAGAACUCUUCCACGGCCGCGGCUACCAAGAAUUGUUGGACGGGGGUUUCGUUUCGCUUUCCAAUUUACAGCAACUUUGCAGAACAAAGAUCUUAAAACGCGGAUUCUCCAACGUUUGUUCAGAAGUCGCCGUAAAUAAUGUCAAGCUUCACCUGGAAAGCCUUGACUACGUGAAGGUUUCCUCACGGAUGAAAAUCAGUAUUCACGUCGCAGAUCGGGGAGAGAAGCCGCUCCGGAUGUUUAAUAUCUCAGUGCGUUACAUCGGAGAGCAAGGUUUUGUGCACAACACUGAAGUGCAACGAAUCCUUGCUUCAAAAGACUAUUUCCAGGUACUGGAUGUGGAUUUGGAAGCAUCUGCUGACAAUGUACAGAAAGCCUACCGAAAAUGUCUGUUAAAGAUCGAGUUUCAUGCAGGCGAUCUGGCCGCCGCCGAAAAGGCCAAGAAAUCGGCCAAGGAAGCCUCAGAUUGCUUGAUGAAUGCUCUGCAGCGAGAAAGGUAUCUCAAAUUUUUUUAUUCACCUAGCCAGUUAAAUCCAUUUGUCACUCUUUCUCUGUCUCCUGUGAAGGCGGAGAUCAGUAGGGUUCGGAUGGAGCCGAAGAGACACGGUUUCGUCACCUUCUGUAGAGAGGGCCAAGAUGCAACUGAUUUCAGGCUAGGGGUUAUGUCGCACGGCAGAGAAAUGGAACGACAAGAAGAUAUGGUAAAAUGGAUGGAAGAUGCAUGGGCGAAUCGAACCCCUGACCAGCGGCUUGUUUUCAAUACCGCCAGUCGGUAUGAAGUUACGAAUCUACGGUAUAAAGAGACGGAGACGUAUGUGACGGAGGACUUCAAAUUCCGUAUCGCAAAUGUGAGUGAAGUGGAGGGCGAAACGGAACGGAAGAGACGGGAGUGCGCUCUGACCAGUCGGUGGUCGAAAUGGAACAAUGGAAUGGGUGAUAACAUGGAUUGUAUGGUCACCAAUGAUGUGGUUAGUCUGGUGAAGGAAGCUUUCAAGUUCAGUCAACUCAUGACCCCACAUUAACUGCAAGAGGUCUUGCUAGUUUAGCCGUAUGCAGGGGCUGGAACUCAUUCCUAAUUAUUAUUUAGGUUGUGCUUAGGCCGCAAAUUUGUGUUUAUAUUAUACAAGGAAAUUCUUGGAGUCUAA